UUCGUCGGGGCAUGGACUCUACAAGGUGUCAGAACAUCCUCAGUUCGUCGGGGCAUGGACUCUACAAGGUGUCAGAACAUCCUCAGUUCGUCGGGGCAUGGACUCUACAAGGUGUCAGAACAUCCUCAGUUCGUCGGGGCAUGGACUCUACAAGGUGUCAGAACAUCCUCAGUUCGUCGGGGCAUGGACUCUACAAGGUGUCAGAACAUCCUCAGUUCGUCGGGGCAUGGACUCUACAAGGUGUCAGAACAUCCUCAGUUCGUCGGGGCAUGGACUCUACAAGGUGUCAGAACAUCCUCAGUUCGUCGGGGCAUGGACUCUACAAGGUGUCAGAACAUCCUCAGUUCGUCGGGGCAUGGACUCUACAAGGUGUCAGAACAUCCUCAGUUCGUCGGGGCAUGGACUCUACAAGGUGUCAGAACAUCCUCAGUUCGUCGGGGCAUGGACUCUACAAGGUGUCAGAACAUCCUCAGUUCGUCGGGGCAUGGACUCUACAAGGUGUCAGAACAUCCUCAGUUCGUCGGGGCAUGGACUCUACAAGGUGUCAGAACAUCCUCAGUUCGUCGGGGCAUGGACUCUACAAGGUGUCAGAACAUCCUCAGUUCGUCGGGGCAUGGACUCUACAAGGUGUCGAAAGCAUUCCACAGUGAUGCUGACCCAUGUUGACUCAAAUGCACAGUUGUGGUCAAGUUGGCUGGAUGUCCUUUGGGUGUUGGACUAUUCUUGAUACA